UCUAAACACUAAAACACAAGAGCACAUCAGCUCAAACCUGAAGCCUUUUUCGCAUGAAUUACUGCACUCUUUAAGGAGAGAUUCUCAAGGUCUCCGACAGCUGGCAGGAUAAAAAAAAAUCUCAAAAUGGCCCUGAUGGAUCUGCCAGUUGUAGGCCCUGUCUCAGUCUCUGAGAGUCUGCUGGCCAUGGUGACGAUGUGUGUUGUGUACCUGGCUUUUCGGAUCCUCCGCACAAACGUUCCCGAGGGGCUGCGGCAGCCACCGGGACCAAAGCCUUUCCCUGUCAUCGGUAAUGUGCUGGAGCUGGGCCAUAAUCCCCACCUAAGCUUGACUGCCAUGGGCCAGCGGUACGGUCCAGUUUUCCAGAUCCAGAUUGGUACGCGUCCAGUGGUGGUCCUGAGUGGAAAUGACACUGUACGCCAGGCCCUCAUCAAGCAAGGGGAAGACUUUGCUGGCCGCCCAGAUCUGCACAGUUUCCGCCUCCUUAGCAAUGGCAAGAGUCUAGCGUUCAGCCCCGACCAGGCUGGUGUGUGGCGUGUCCGUCGAAAGCUGGCAAUGAGUGCUCUUCGGUCCUUCUCUGUUGUCAAGAGCGGCAGCAGUGGCUACUCUUGCAUGCUGGAGGAACACAUCUGCAAAGAGAGUGAGUGCUUGGUCCAGGAGCUCAGCACUGCCAUGGAAACCAAAGGCAGCUUUGAUCCCUUCCGCCACAUCGUGGUUUCGGUUGCCAAUGUCAUUUGCGGCAUGUGCUUCGGCCGCCGUUACAACCACGAUGACCAGGAGCUGCUGGACUUGGUAAACAUAAAUGACGAAGUUGGACGUGUGUUGGCCAGCGGAAAUCCAGCAGAUUUUAUUCCCUUGCUCCGCUUUCUGCCAAAUCGGGUAAUGAAAGAGUUCCUGGAGGUCAACGAUCGAUUCUUGAAGUUUGUGCAGAAGAUUGUCACAGAGCACUACAACUCUUUCGACAAGAACAACAUCCGUGACAUCACCGACUCCCUCAUCGAACACUGCGAAGACAGGAGACUGGAUGAGAACUCGAAUCUCCAGGUUUCUGACGAAAAGAUUGUCAGCAUCGUGAAUGAUCUCUUUGGUGCAGGUUUUGAUACCGUAAGCACCGCAUUGUCAUGGGCUGUUGUGUACUUAGCUGCUUAUCCUGAAAUCCAAGCAAAACUUCAUCAACAACUAAAAGAAAAUGUGGGGAUGGAUCGGACGCCUACCCUCGAUGACAAACUCAAACUCCCCCUCUUGGAGGCUUUCAUCCUGGAGGUCUUCCGCCACUCUUCCUUCUUGCCCUUCACCAUUCCACACUGCACUACAAAAGAUACUGCACUCAAUGGGUUCUUCAUCCCCAAGAACACCUGCAUCUUCAUCAACCAGUGGCAGAUCAACCAUGAUCCCACAAUUUGGAUCGAGCCCUCUACUUUCAACCCAGAGCGCUUCCUGAGUCCCGAUGGCACAGACGUGAACAAGCUAACGGCAGAGAAAGUUGUGGUGUUUGGUCUGGGCAAACGGCGCUGCGUUGGCGAGGCCAUCGGCCGUGCAGAGGUCUUCCUUUUCCUGGCCAUCCUGCUGCAGAGGCUGCACUUCCAUAAGCUGCCUGGGCAAACACUGGACCUGACCCCAAAGUAUGGUCUCACUAUGAAGCAUAAGACAUGUCAGCUGGGCGCCAGACCGAGAGCACAGGAGGCAGCCUGAGGCCCAGUAAUGCAUCAAGUGGAGUUUGUUUUUGUGUCUUUGCUCCCUCAUCCUCCAUGGACAUCAGCCCCUACAAAUAUCCUCAUCUCGCAAACUCAUCGUGCCACUGCCACACCCUCUUCACAGUAGGCUGUCGGCAGCGUGCGGAAAUUGUGUGCCCACGAGACAUACCGCAUCUUUGUGAAAGCAAUACACAAAUUUUCAUUAAGGGCAAACUACCCAGCAUAUAAGUAGACUCACACGUGUGCGUGUGGUUAAAUAUAUUCCAGUACGUCAUACGUUUAUAUACUUAUACUUUCAGUUGAAGCUAUCACACGACAUGAGCUUUGAAUGUUCAUAUCACAAAGUUAUACAAAUGAAGUUCUUUGGGUAAUUUUUCAUUUAGAUUGAAUGUAAGUGAAUUCAAACACUAAAGGCAUUUUGUUGUACAUUGCUUUUAUCCCAAAAUGUGAUGUGGACAUACAUUGCUGUGAAUGUACAUAGUUUACUACAUUUUCUG